UUUGUGUUUUCCUGUCGGCUGAUAGAGUCUCCUUGUAACGUUUUAUGACCCUACAAAUACUAGCUUUUAGCAUCUUAAGCGACUUAGCUGUCUUUGUCCGGGAUCGAUAAGAAUUUUCGAAGUAUUUGUGCACGAUCAAUCUCCUGUUCUCAAUUUUCAUGGUCGAAAACUUUAAAAUGCAUAAAGCUAGGAAAAUAAUAUUUUCACCAUUAAUACUUUGAAGGUUGAUGAUUGAACUGUAAUUGUCAAUUUUUUUCCCGCCAUGGAAUUAUUAUUUUUAAAUAUUGGUAAUUAUGUGCCAAUGUGUUUAUUUCAGUGACGUGGUGUUAAAAUGUGACAAGUAUUUUAUUUAAUUGUGUAUGUGACUUUUAGAUUUAAUUUAGUCAUAUCUUAAUUUUAGUUUCCUUAUAGUUUUUAUUAUUAAUUUUAAUGACAUAUGUAUUUUGCCUAGAAUUAAAAUUUAAACAAUUAAGUCUGUAAAAUAUGUGUCAUAUCUAAAAAAUGUUGCUAUGUUUUUAUCACGUGGGUAAAUCCAUAAUAAAUCUGCGGGCAAUGUAUGGAAGGCUAAAUCCACGUGAUAAAAUAACCGUCGCUUUUCAACACCGCGCGAGUGAAAGUGACGGACACCAAUUUAUCACGCUGACACCUAGGUAGACAAGAACGACCAUGAUAUCCGACAUAUCCAUACCUACAGCGACUGUAGCACGGUCGCAUUUUUAUCACUUAUCACUAUGCCUGUCACUUUCGUACUUACGUACUUGUUAGAAUGUGACAAGCAUAGUGACAAGUGAUAAAAAUGCAAACGUGUUACAGCCGCAGGAAACAUUAGCUAUUUGGCGGACAGAUCUCCGGUAGGCACAUCUUUGCAAUAUUUCCCGCACUUUAUACACAGAUUUACUUUGAGAUUGACAUAUCUGUACGUACAUUUUUAAUUCUUCCCUAGUCGAACUAAGCUAACUUUGCAUGGCAUUUGCUAAGGGACAAAGUGUGAAAAUGUCAUCAUAAACGUUAAAUUUCUAUGAUAAUAUGAAUAUGAAGUUUACCUAGUUUGUUCUGUUAAAAUCAGUGUACUAGCGAACUAGCUUAGAUGGACUCUAGACUAUUUUUUAUGGUCAUACCUAAUAAACCAAGAAAAUCUAAUUUAAUUUUUUUUAUAUUAAAAUUAUUAACGAACGAACUUGCAACCUUUCAUUUUAAUCAUUAUUAAGUAGGUAAUGCAAACAGGAACAGUUUUAUUAUUUCUCCUAAGAUCUUACAGUAAAAAAUUACCAUUCCUCAUUUUUCCAGCUCAAGGAUUAACCUUGUAAUAAAGUUCAGUCAAUAAAUUAGGGUGUUUUACAGAAUUACCACUCACCAGUCUAAAAUAUGUCUGAAAAACCCUAUAAACAUUAAUAAGGCUUAACUCAAAUAUUUCAUUUAUAAGUUUACCUAUACCUAAAUCUCUUGAGAAAAUAAUAUUAGUUAUUUUCACGUAUUAUUUCGAAAGUGAUUGCUUAAACCAGUCUGUAGGCACCGUUUUUAGCCAAGCGAUAUGUCCUUACCCUUUUUAAAAACAAUUAAAACAUUCGUUUAUUGUAGGACUUUUCUCUUCUUAGUGGCGACCUUAAAGGCAAAUGAGAAAAUCUCUAAGCAUCGGUUCGGAGCAGUUGACUGGUUUUUAAUAAAAACGCUUAGAAGCUCCCACAGAGACAGCGGCCGCGUCAGUCAAGAGCCGCGCGCGGUCAGACCAUCACGUGUAAGGGAAUCCGCCCCGUUUUGGCGCUUUUACAAUAUAAAUUCGCAUGAUAAUGAUAAAGAGUUGGACUCCAAUAUCAUCACAAUUAAUUUUAAUUCAUAAAUAUCGUUGUAGUCAAAAGUGACGAAAUGCUGUUGAAGUGGACAUCCAUAUCGAACACACACAUAAAUAAAGCUUUGCGAGUGCGUUAUAGUGAAAAGUAGCGAAGCGCUGUUGAGAUGGACUCCGACAUAGAUAUACAGACGUUUAUAAACUGCACGCAACAAGUGCUCCGCCGGAACCACGCGUGGGACGAGCUGAACGUGACGCAGCUGCUGGACCUACUGCCCAACCAGCUGCAGGAGGACGUCACACUCAAGGAAACACUCGGCAACUGCAUGGGGCUGGGCGAGAGGCCCUACAGCCCGCCCUGGUGGGGACAGCUGGCUUGGUUCACGGUGUUCGCCGUUAUGCUUAUGCUAGCCGUUCUUGGAAAUACCUUAGUAAUAUGGAUUGUACUCGCUCACCGACGAAUGCGAACAGUGACUAACUGUUUCCUCGUCAACCUAGCCAUUGCUGAUCUCCUCAUGGCCACGCUGAACGGGGCUCCGAACUUCGUGUUCUUGGUGACCGCUCACUGGCCGUUCGGCGCUGCGACAUGUACGGCCAGCAACUUCACGGCGAAUCUCACUGUCUCGGCUGGCGUCUUCACGCUAGUAGCAAUAACAGUGGACAGAUACGUGGCUAUAGUGAAGCCCCUCCAGCACCGGCUCAGUCGAAGUGUGGCGCGCGCGGCCCUCCUGACCGUGUGGUGCGCAAGCGCCCUACUGGCGCUGCCGAGCCUGCUUUACUCUGACACCUACAAAAAGAAGUAUAUAAACGGUGAAAGAGAAAUAUGCUUCAUUAAAUGGCCAGACGGUAGCUACCCCACAUCUAAGACGGAUUAUUGCUACAACUUAGUGUUCCUGGGCGUGACGUACGUGCUGCCCAUGACUGUGAUGGUGUGGGCGUACGCGCGCAUGAGCGCAGCGCUGCGCGGGCGCGCCAUCGGCGAGUGCACACACCACCAGAUGCAGGUGGUCAGAGCCAAACGCAAGGUGGUACGAAUGUUUGUUCUGGUGGUGAUGGUGUUCGCCCUGUGCUGGCUGCCGUAUCACGCCUACUUCGUGCUGGUGUACCACCACCAGCGCCUGGCCUCCGCACCGGUGGCGCAGCACGUUUACCUGCUCUUCUACUGGCUCGCCAUGGCCAACUCCAUGUUCAACCCACUUAUCUACUAUUGGAUGAGCAAUAAAUUCCGGAUUUACUUUCGAGUGGUACUUUGCUGGUGUCGUUCUUCAAAGACAAAGACGCCGCCGGAAAUGAGUAAACAACUCGAGAUGAACAAGUCGUUUUCAGUCAGCCAGAGGCACUUUCGCGAAGCUUCAUUCUUCAGCCGCGUAUGACACUCGCCCCGACGGAGCAACCUGUCCCGGUCGGUUACUCCACACGGGCUCUCAAAAGACACGGCAGUGGCCAGCCCGACCAACGGCAACAUGGUGAGGAUGAACCCAACCGGCGCGCGCGACGGUGACAGCGUCCGCGACGACCGCUUAUAAAGACUUGCUGUUCAUUGGGGCUGCUAGAUUCUACAUUCUCCGUUUUGCAUAAUUAUAUCGUGUUUCUAAUUUUUAGUUUCACUGAGCGUUAUACUUAUCUGGGCUUGGUAAAUUAUGUAAAUAAUAUAAAGAGCCUUGGACGCGUGACAAAAGGUACUACCCAUCUUAUCUUAUUCAGAUCUUCAAUUCGCUUUCCUUAUUCACAUAUUUGCAUAAUAUGCCCGGAUAUUUCAUUUAUGUGGCUGGAAUUUUCUGUCUAUGAGUAUCUUUUGUACAAGUAAUAGUUGUCUAUUACGUACUUAUUAGUAAUAGUUCUCAUAUGUAUUAAUUACUAUAUCCUAUUGUACUACCCAUCUUAUCUUAUUCAGAUCUUCAAUUCGCUUUCCUUAUUCACAUAUUUGCAUAAUAUGCCUGGAUAUUACAUUUAUGUGGCUGGAAUUUUCUGUCUAUGAGUAUCUUUUGUACAAGUAAUAGUUGUCUAUUACGUACUCAUUAGUAAUACUUCUCAUAUGUAUUAAUUACUAUAUCCUAUAGAUAUAGUAAUUAAUACAUAUGAGAAGUUUCCGCUAUUACGUAUUAUUUACAAAUCCUGAUGGAUUCUGUGAUCAGUUCUACGAUAUUUCACUAUGUCUAAGGAAAUAUUUAGACACGAGACACGAUUCAUUAUGAAAUGCGUGUUUGUGGCAGUAUAUUUGCUUGAACGUGAACUAGUUAAUUACACCAAGCAUACAGGAAACUCACAACACAAGAAUUAUACCGAAGUGGAUUUCAGGCUGACAUGAGAUUUCAUUUCAAAAUGUAAUUAUUUUUACUUUUAUGUAAAGUAAAUACAUAUGAAGAACAGAUAAUUUGAAAGGAAAGUGUUAUGAUGUGUUUUCAAACGGUUAAUAUUUAUUUGUUUAACACGGCAGCAAUGUUUUUGUUUACUCCUCGUGUUGAUUGAGACUCGAGGAAGCUAAAGAUUUCAAAAUUACCAUGUGCGUAGCGAGAGGUUCAAAAAGAGGAAUGUUGAAUGUUUCGCGGGUGUGAAGCACGAUAUUUUUCACCACAUCAAUGCGAGGAAACUACUAACUGGAAAACAUUAUGCCAUCAAAAACAUAACUUGUAAAAAACAAAACAAUUUUUUCUACCGUAAAAAGGUGUGAGAUCCAUGCAAUACCAAGUCGGUUAAUUUAUUCAGUCCAACGAUUGCUGACUUCUAUAUUUUGUUUUAUAUUAGUGAUGAGAUGGUAUUAGAAGAUUUUGUAUUAAUGUAUAAGAAUGGAACCUAGAGGCGUAUUCUGAUUGUAAAAACGGACUAUGAAUGUGAUAUCGUUUUUUAUGGAUACGAUCUGUCAGUGUCAAAGUAAAUUUUUUUUCAACAAAAAAGUCAAUUUGACAAUGACAGAUGACAUGUUACUACAAUUAGGAUACGCUUCCUACAUCAUUUUGUACCUUAAGGUGAUCAAUUGAUCAUAUACAUAGUUUUAAGUCAUUAAGGUAGUUUUAAGUCACAUAGGUACAGUCUGUCUCAAAAGUAGCUCAUCAGACUACGCGUCAAAAUUAUCUACUCAUACUAUUCUCUAAUAAAUUAACAAAAAGCGAUAGGUAUAUAUGUAGAACAUACUGUACUGUAUACUGUGACAGAUAGUUUUUAACGCAAACUGUAGAGAUAUAUCCAUAUUUGUGACCGCGGUCGGCAAAACAUCCCACUUUGUCGCUUGCCAUAAGGACGCCUUGACAGGUUAUUCGUAAUAUUCGUAUAAAGAUACAAGCAAAUCUUGUCCUUGUGGCAAUCGACAAAGCGGGACCUUUUUCUCGGCCGCGGUCAUAGUUGUAAAAGCAUUCCAGCGUGGCAAAUACUUUUGGCGCGUUGUUUCAUCUGCUACAAUUGAUGCUGAUUGUACCCAAAUUCUUAAAUUACUUAGCAUUAAGCUUUAUAAAUUGACGUUUUGAAAUAAAUUAAUAAAUGUAUGUUUACCGUUAAAAUAAUUAGUGACACUCAAAACCCAAAGACAAUAUUUGUACUAACUAAAGGUUUUGUAGAAUUCUCUACGAUGUAACAUGUAUGUAUUUGUAAUUAAUCUGUUUUAUAUAAUGAUUAGUUAGUAAGUAGUUACCUAAAUAU